UUCUCCCAAUCUUCCACCCAUAUCGCAUUCUAAGGUUUACACUCGCAGUCUCCCACUCUCUCUCUCUCUCACUCGGAGCUCUCAGAAAUGGCCGUAACCUUCUCAGAUCUCCACACAGAGGCUGGCGUCAAGUCUCUUGAUGCGUUUCUCUCUGGAAAAUGUUAUAUUUCUGGAGAUCAAUUGACUAAGGAUGAUGUCAAGGUAUAUGCCGCUGUUUUGGAGCAGCCGAGCGCAGAUCUCUUCCCAAAUGCCAGCAAAUGGUACCAUGUUGUGUCCACCAAGCUCGCCGCAAGCUUCCCUGGGAAAGCUGUUGGAGUUAGAAUUGGAUGCCAAGAUGCUCCAGCUGAAGCUGCACCAGCUAAGGUUGUAGAUGAUGAUGAUGAUGACAUGGAUCUCUUCGGUGAAGAGACAGAGGAGGAGAAGAAAGCAGCUGAAGAGAGGGCAGCAGCAGCCAAGGCAUCUACCAAGAAGAAAGAGAGUGGGAAGUCAUCUGUUCUUAUGGACAUCAAGCCUUGGGAUGACGAGACCGACAUGAAAAAGCUGGAAGAGUGUGUUCGCAAGGUUCAGAAGGAAGGGCUUCUGUGGGGAGCAUCUAAAUUGGUUCCAGUUGGCUAUGGAAUUAAGAAAUUGCAGAUCAUGCUUACGAUAGUUGAUGAUCUUGUCUCGGUUGAUGACCUCAUAGAGGAGGAACUAACUGUUGAGCCUUGCAGUGAGUAUGUGCAAAGCUGUGACAUUGUUGCCUUCAACAAAAUCUGAGCACAGAAUGGGUCGAGUCCUUUUUUGGAUUCUGUAAUUUUGCGAGUUUUUGUUGGUCAAAUACUUUACCCUACCGUGCUAUUCUUCUCGUGUUUUUCUUUUUGUGGUCCAGACAGACUAUUUUUAGAAUGAAUGGAACUUAACUUUCAUUCUAUUACACCUUGGUUGAACUUGUUAAAGUUAUUAAUGGAGUGAAAGUGUUUAAUUUUGUUGUUCAA